AUGGCCCAACCAUCCCAGUCACGGUCAAAGAUGGACAUCGAAAUCCAGCUACCUUCCAUACGCAAAUAUGUGCCCGGAUCCGGCCCCCCUCCGCCACGAAUUUCGCUAGCUCCCCCCCGGGACUCGACCGCGUACAUCAUCAAUCAAUUCAUCGUUCCCACCGACAAGGACAUGACGCCCACCUCGCGACGAAUGAUAUAUUACCACAUCGGAUUCACGGACCUUCCGUCGGUCAAGAUCUUGGUUCCCUGUCAUAAGGUGCUGGACUACGUUUCACCACGCGAGGUUGAGGACUGGGAGUAUCAAAACCUGGAGCAGAAAGAGGAGGAACGCGUGCGCAGACUGGCCGAAGCGCAACUGGCUGGCCCCACCAAGGGGAAGCCUGGUCGACCGCCCAAGAUCCCUUUAGAGGACACUGGAGUCUUGAUGUCCGAGUCAGCGAACGAAGCUCUCCUUCUCGUUCAACAGGUUUCCGGCCCGUCGCUGUCUACGCCACAGAAGAGGAGGCGAGAGAGUGACGAUGACGAAGCUGAAUAUGGGGUUGAUGAGGAGGGCGACGACGAUGAUGCUGCUAUUCAACGGCAGCUCCAGGCGGGAGACUUCGAUGGCAUGGAGAUAGAGGGCCAGCUGGACGGUGACUCGGAAUCGGUGGACCAGCUCGCUGCGGAUGACUAUGCGCAAGCUAUGGAGACGCCGUCUCGGGAGGCAGCCUUGGCUCGACCCCGGCAAGAAUUGGCAAUACAUCCCACACCAAAACUACCGGCCCUCAAACCAGAAAUACCAGCCCCCUGUUCAAGUUUUGGGACCACGCUGGCUCCCCUAGCUCAUAAUGUUUCCACCAGCAGAAGUUUACACCCAGCAUGGACAGGUGUAUUCAACCAACCGCCUCACUCCGAAAAUCCUGAAUCUGUGCCCGCCGAAGCUCUCAACGAUAGUGUCUCCCAGGGUCGAUCUGCCUGGACGGCGUUAGGUGGGUUACAGCCCAACUCGCCAGCGACUCCCGCCGUACCUCUCAGCCGAUCCAAGACCCCGAAUUCAAGAACCAUGACCCCAGAUUUGGCGGCGGUUUCCGCGAGUUCCGCAAUCUCUACGGCAAAAAAGCGUAAGGCUCCUCCGUCAAACGGGAAAAACUCGGCGCACAAACAAAAGAAGCCCAAGAAACCGACGGUCAAGAGCCAAGCCGAACCCCCGGUAGAUGAGUGGGAGGUUAAGGAACUGCUCGACGACCAAUGGUUUGUCGUGGAAGGGGUCAAGUUGCACAAAUAUCUGGUGCUCUGGGAAGGAGAUUGGCCAGCGGACCAAAAUCCAACGUGGGAGCCGGCGUCAAACGUCCAAGACCCUAAGCUUCUCAACCGCUACCAAAAAAAGAAGGACGCUGGUUUAAUCAAGCCCCGAACCAAGGCACAGAACACGUUACACCAGUACUUAUCAGGUGCUAAGUACUCCAGCGUGGCGGAGGCGUUCGAAGGAGGGAUUGAUGAACUAGCAAAACAAGUCGACGGCACCGUGGACAGCGAUACUGAUCCAUCUUACGAGACAUUCCUCGUGACGGAGAGUAUGGAGGGUAUGACGCCCAGCAGCGCGAAACCGGCACCGACACCUGGCUUCGGAUCCUUCGAUAACAUGCUCGCCCAUUAUAACCAGAGUUUCCCACGACGAUGA